UGAAAAUGACAAGGAUGCCAGGGUGAACGCGCGCAGCUGGAGUAAAAACGGACUGUCACUCGAUCAAAUCAUGAAGAAGCAGAAAUUCUAUCGUUGUGCGUGUUACCUGAGCAGCGACAUCCCAGUCCCGGAAUUGGACAUGAAGAUCAAUUACGUCGGAAGGCACGCCUUCGUGCGGCAGUUCGGUGAGGCAUUGAACAGGUACGGAUACACCUCGCAAGAACAGCAGGAAGCCAUCAUCAAGCGGGUGGAGACGACGGUGUUCUCCCGGAUGAACGAUGUGAAAGAAGCGCAGCACAGCAGGGAACAAGACGACCUGAACAUGUGCUACAUACCCUUCGACGAGGAAGUGUACAAGUUCAAGGAGUCAUGCCUCGACCCGGAGUUCGUGGAAGUGGCCAAGACGGUCGACUCGCCAGAGUCGUUGCCGCCUUCCUGGAUUAUUUCGAAAGAGAAAGAGGUCUACCGGAUCCCGCUGUUCACGCGAGAGUUCGCCGAGAAGCUUCUGUACGAGCUGGAUCACUUCGAAAGCUCCGAGAUGCCCAAGAUCAGGCCCAACGUCAUCAACAAUUACGCGACAGUUCUGAGCGAGGUGGGCUUCGACGAGCAGUUCGUGACGCCGCUGCGCGACCAGUACCUGUCUCCCCUUGUGCGAGCCCUGUUCCCUCACUGGACGGGCGCUCGCUUCGACUCGCACAACGCCUUCACCGUGCGCGGCGAGCCCGGCAAGGACAGCGGCCUCGAGUUCCACUACGACAACGCCGAGGUGACGUUGAACGUGUGCCUGGGUCGGCGUGGCUUCAGCGGGGGCGAGCUGUACUUCAGCGACAUGCGCGAGGAACCGCUGGACCAGUGCUCGAGCACUCUGCUGCAGAGGCAGCUGCCCUGCCACGCGUUCCUGCACCGCGGCCAGCAGCUGAGGGGCGCCCUGUCCACGCUGAGCGGCGAGCACGUCAACCUGGUCGUGUGGCUGCGCUCGUCGGAGAUGCGCAACAGGCGCUGUCCACUCUGCGACCACGUCCCCACCCUGGUGGCCGCCGGUGAAGGAUACGGAGACGGAUUCACCGCCCGUUCCCCGUCGCAGGAGUCGGCUGUGCUGAAGUUCCCAAAGUUUCCUUUGCAUCGGCUGACGUCUUCCAGCGAGCGGAUGCAACCUAUCGACGCGCAAGCCCAGUAAAGAACCUGCCUGCCU